AUGAAAUACCUCACGUUGGGAACACUCUUCACGAUCUUUGGUGGAAAGGAUUUCGCACCUCCAGGCAAACCUCUUGCAGAGCGUGUAAAGGUGGCCAUGCUGGGCCCAGAUGCGCUUAUUCUUUCUGCAGACACAGACAGGCCGUGUGGUGUUUGCUUCUGGAAUCUACGGAUGAACAGUAUCAGGAACUUUAUGGCGCAGGCGGAGAAGUAG